AUGGAAGCCAGUCCUGUGGUGAAAGACCAUGAUCCUUGUGACUUGGGAGGCAGCCAGAGGAGGAAGACUCAUCUUUUGGACAUGGAAGGCAGCCUUGACGAAGAAGGCCCUCUUCUUUUUGACAUGGAAGUCCAGCAUGAGGCGCCAGUCCUCGCACCCCAGGACUCACCUGAAGGGAAGUUCUACGUGCACAACGACAUCUUCAGCUACCAGGAUGAAGUCUUGGGGGGCUUCAUCACUGAGACUCAGGAGGAAGCAAAGGAAGAAGCAAAGGGCGAGCCAGAAGCUGAGCAAGAGCCAGUGCGAGAGCCUCAGGAAGAGAAGCUGGAGGCCAUCCUGGAGGAAGCAAAGGAAGAAGCAAAGGGGGAGCCAGCAGCUGAGCUAGAGCCAGUGCGAGAGCCUCAGGAAGAGAAGCUGGAGGCCAUCCUGGAGGAAGCAAAGGAAGAAGCAAAGGGCGAGCCAGAAGCUGAGCUAGAGCCAGUGCGAGAGCCUCAGGAAGAGAAGCUGGAGGCCAUCCUGGAGGAAGCAAAGGAAGAAGCAAAGAUCGAGCCAGAAGAAGCUGAGCUAGAGCCAGUACGGGAGCCUCAGGAAGAGAAGCUGGAGGCCAUCCUGGAGGAAGCUGUCCCUGAGGCCGCAGAGAAGAGCCCCGCUGAGCAGGAGGCCCCCAAGAACAGGAUCCCAGAGGAUGCUGCCCCUAAAGGCCAGGUCCCCGAAGCACAGGAGGAUGAGCCGCCCGUCUCAUGGGCGUCCAUGGUCUGCAAGAACCUGGGGCCUGUGACCGGGACCCCACCCCAGCGGCCAAAGGUCCCGGCCUCCCAGCCCAGUCCUGAGUCCAAGCCCGAAUCCCAGAAACUCGGGCAGCAGGAGCAGAGAGGCAGGGAGGCAGGGACCAACCCUGCUCCCCGAGGGCCGCCCAGGCCCCUCCGUGACCCCAGACAGCCAGGCAGCCUGGUGCCCCGAAGGCCAAGGUUGUCGAGGCACCCCAACAGCCACCAGCUCUUCCUGGGCAACCUGCCCCACGAGGUGCAGGAGCAGGAGCUGCUCCAAGUGUUCCAGGCCUUUGGCAAGGUGUUGGAGCUGCGGGUGCUCAGCGGCGGGGAGGCGCCCGACUUCGGCUUCGUGGUGUUCGAUGGCUGCGAGCCGGUGCAGAAGGCCCUGAGCAGGAGGCCCAUCACAAUCCGGGGGGGUGUGCGCUUCAACGUGCAGGAGAAGAGGCCCCGAGCAGCCCUGCGGGACUCUUGCCCUGGUGGGGCUCCGGGCUCUGGCCCGCGAGGGCCUCCCCGAGGGAACCUGAUGCAGAUGUCCGACUCGGAGGUGGGUGAAAACCAGUUCCCGUGA